ACAGAAUUCAAGGAGAUCUUCCAGCUGUUUGAUCAAACAGGUAAUGGUAACAUACUAUACAGCCAAUUUGGGGACAUGAUGAGGGUCUUGGGUCAGAACCCUACCAACACCACAGCGCUCAAGGUCCUGGGGAACCCCAAGAGAGAUGACAUGAAUGUGAAGGUGCUGUACUUUGAGCACAUCCUGUCCAUGCUGCACACUGGGGCCAAACACGAGGACCAGGGAUCUUAUGGGGAUUGGGUUAAAGGCCUUCGUGUAUUUGACAAGGACAGAAAUGGUACUAUAAUGGGUGCUGAAAUCUGUCAUGUCCUUGUUUGGGUGGAUGACAGAGGAAGAAGUAGAGAUGCUAGUGAAGGGCAUGAGGACAGAAAUGAUUAUAUCAGCUACAAAGAGCUUGUCUGUGUCUGGAUGGUGCUGAAUGGAUGA